CAAUAACAAUAAGUUAAGUUAGGUAUACGUAUUCAAAAAUUUGCUGGAGGCUCCAGAUCCAGAAUUGCUCAGUGCUUAUAUUAUAACGGUUUUAAACCAUAUUGUAUUUUUUAAAUCUUAAUAUAUUCGGUGGAUUAAAAAUUGGGUAGGUACCUAUUUAUACCAACUUUCAGCUUGAAUAGGUCGUUUUGAUGAAAUUUUGUUCUAGUUUAUUUAUGUAAGUCCCCUAAUUCGAAAAGUAAAAUAACUGAUGCAAAAAUAUGAUUAUCAUAUAAUAUGUAGGUAUAUAGGUAGGAUAGUUGGAAAAUAAUUAGUCUAAUUGUACUUUACCUGAAAUUGAUAAUAUUGUAAUCGUUUAUGUAGAGUAGAAAUGUAUGUAUACUUCAUUAAGUAAAUUUUUAUUCGCGAAUAUUGCUGUAUUUUAGAUAGGUAUUUGAAUUACGUGUAGGUACAACAGAUAACUUAUCUCUGUUGCUGUAUGACUCGCACCCAUGUGCUGCAUUAGAAGCGAGUUUAUAAAUUUUAUUCAUUUUCCAGUCUCACGUGAGAUAUAGAUUGUUAUCUGAUGUUGUACUUAUUUUACAAUAAUAUCAAGACGAGUGUAAAUUGUGCAAGUAGAGGUAAAUGAGUAGGUAGGUAAGUAUAAUAUUAUUUUAAUGAAUUAAUGUCUCCGGUUCUGAGGUUCACGUCACAAUCGAAUUGUGAGUAUAAUUUUAGACAAGCAUAUGCAUAAUCCAGAAAUGCAACAUCCAGUUAUGUAUACCAUUCCUAGCACGUCUCCAUUACAUGAAUUUCCCCCUUCCAAAGAAGGCCAACAAAAUGAACCAACAGAAGAGGAUCUGGCAGCAGCAAAGGAAGAGAAUGUUACAAUAAGAGAAGACGACGAUAACUCUACGAUCCAAGAAAAAUCAACUGAUGUGGGAUUUUUAAUGCUGUUUAUUUCAUGUGUUGUCAUAUGGUUGUCUUUGGGAGUUUACUGCAUAUACCAUGGAGAUUUAAGUCGGCUGAAGCUGAAACCUACAAACCAGCAAAAUGGUUUCACAUUCCUGGCGUGUUUAUUUGCUGCAUUAUUUUCUCGAUUACUGCUUGUAUUAUGUUGCCGUUUCGCCAAAUGGGUCAUAUGGUUUGUAUUCGUAGUUGUUCUGGCGAUAAUUAGUCUUUUCACUGCGUAUAUGUGGAUUCGUUAUGGUGAUGGCGGUUCUUUCGGCAGUGAAGAAAAAAAGUCACGGCUUGUUUUUGCUAUUAUUCCGACUGUUUUAUCGUUCUUUUUUGCGUUACGAAUUUUUUCAAUGCGCAAAAAAAUUCGUUUGGCUGUUCGACUAUUUAAAGAAGCAAGUAAAGCAGUGCAAUCGAUGUCUUUACUUUUGGCGCAAUCGUUUGUGACAUCCGUAAUGCUGGGUAUAGUGAUAUGUCUCUUCAUACUCUUCAUGUAUUGGAUCGAAAGCUCAGGAAUUCCCCAAAUAAAGAAGAAUGGCAAUGUAGAAUAUCAGAAAAAUGAAAUAAUGAAGGCCGCCUCUGUAUGUAAUUUCUUCGUGGUUUGGUGGAUUAUUCAAUUUAUCAUCUGUUGUCAACAUAUGGUCAUUGCAAAAGCAACAACGAUAUGGUAUUUCUCCAGGGAUAAAACUUGCAUUGAGACCGAGAGUCCUAUCAUAAUAGGCUAUGUGCACACGCUGAGAUACCAUUUGGGUAGUGUCGCAUUAGGUUCUUUGAUCUUACCCCCUGCACAAAUUUUACGCGCACUGUACAGAGCUGCAAAAUAUGUACGUGAGGGUAGAGCAUGCCGCUGUUUGCUGACUUGCUUCUGCGGCUUGGACAAAAUCAUGCAGAACCUCUCAUGCGUAACCAGAAAGGCGUACACUGAGUUAGCUAUUCUAGGCCGUGGAUUUAUUACCUGUGGGGAACGAUCCGUUCAAGUUUCGGCCAAAAAUGCGAUUAAAAUGUCUACUAUUAAUUCGGUCGUUGAUUUCGUCAUGAACUUUUGCAGAUUUUUUGUUGCUGUUGUUGCUGUCUUGUUUGGACUACAAUUAAAGUCACUUUUACGAAAAAUAUUUUCUGCUGAUGAUAUUGCACUGGAAAUGAAUUUCGAUCAAGAUUUUAUUUUCAUUCCGAUCAUUUCAUUCGUCAUAGCUCACGCAUUCAUGUCCGCAUUUGAAGUGAUCGUAGAAUCCACGUUUAUUUCUUUCUGCGAAAACUGUGAACGGUAUAACGGCGUGAAAUCUGUUUUUAUGAGCGAAGAUAUGAUGGUAUUCGCAAAUGAAGAUACACUACAGAAACUGAAAGCCGGCGGUGAUACGAUUCCUUAGUUUCAAUACCCAUCUUUUUUUUUUGCUUUCUUAUUUUUAUACCUACCUACCUAGGUACUUCAAUUUUCAAGUAAAUUUUACU